AUGUUCCGGAUUGGUGUAGAUGUCGAGACUCACGAGAACGAUGGGCGUCCGCAGUCAUUUGACAAGGAUAAUGAUGAGCCACCCAAGUCAUCCGACGAGAAAAGUGGUUAUCCUCCCCAACUAUACACCGACGACAAUGGUGAUCUUCUCCAACCAUCCGAGGACAACAAUCAUGUUCAUCCUCAGCCACCUACCGAUGUCCGACAGAUGCGCAGUGCUUCAAGGAAGCUUCAAGAAAACAUACCUACGCCAGAUGGCGGCGAGUCCCUGCAGCCUAAACGAGCGAAGAACAGGAAGCCAGAGCCGCAGCAGACCAAGCGAGCGAAGAGGGGAGAUAAUGAAGAGCCGGAACGAAGCAGGCUUCUGAGCGAAGAGGGAUUGACGCCUGCCGAAAUCAAUGCAGCUCUUGAGCAACAGAGAAAACUAUUGAGGGAGGAAUUGCGCGCAGCGGCUGCAGCAGCCGAAAUCCCUGGCUUUGACCUCCAAAAACAAAAGCAGAUUCAAAUUCGACACGAAAAGACACCGGCAAACCAGCGAAACCUUAUCAAAGAGGUGAACAAAGCGGUUGAGGGUGCAGAUAGCUUCAAGACCCAGAGUCGAAUGGACAAACAUCAAGCCAGGACGGCGGCGACGGCUAAGUACGAAGACUCUCUGCAUUUCCGUGUACCAGAACGUCGGAAACAGUACAAUGAACACAUCGAUCAAGACGGCGAACUCAUUAAGAAGGCCUUUCGGGACAAGGCAGCGCCGGUACUAUGGAUUGAUAGCGGACACUAUGGAGAAGCUCUUCGGACGACAUUCGAAUCUUACGAGCGGCAUAACGUGGGCAUGACUGAGACAAUCAACAUACCGGCACUCGAUCCAAAUGAGCUACAUCUGAUUGUUCCGGCUGCACGAAGGUUUCCUGUCGGUCUAGGACGAGCUCAUCCGCCAGUCGUCUUAGCCCCGAUUAACAUGGGCUUAAAUUUCGACACAAUUGAAAGGAGAAGGGCAAGUAUCGAAGAUAAUCCAGCAGAAGAGAAGAAUGUGGCCGUUGAUGGAAUCGCGAUGCUUGAGACUCAUACUCAACGAAGGGCUCGCCAGAUGCAGCCGUUUCGCGAAGAAACAGAGGACAAUGAAUAUCGACGCACAGUUCCGACUAAUCUGUACGUCCAUGACACGAUACCAACCGCGAGGAACCUGGACAAGACCUUCCUAGAAACUGGAGUGUUCGUCUCAGCCGGCGAAUCAUCGUACAACUGGAACGACUCCUACGACCAGACAGAUAUUGUCAAGCCAGGCUACCUAGCCGUAGAGGAAGGGAUGGUAGUGGAAACCCAGCCUGGAGAAAAUGACGCACCACCGCGAUCGCCAUCACCCGGGCCCCCCGUUUCACAGAGGCAAAUAGAUGAAGGAGUCGAAGGCCUGCUUUGGGAAUUCGUCCUCCCAAGACCUGAAAAAGAUAAGACCUACGAACUAGUCCCUACCACAACCUGGGCCGAAACCACAUACGGCCGCCGUGAGCGCGAGCACGCAUACAUGGACAUCCGGCCGCCCUCGCCCGUCCUCUCCCCACCCCACUCACCGAUCUUUCCCGCGAAAACCGCCGCAAACACAUUCCAUGUGCCCGCAGACAUACCUCGAAACCAUGCCAACUUUAGAAACUUACGCAGCAAGAUCAAGGACAAGUACAGUGUGAAUUUCCAGGAUUGGCCGAGCUUCAAGCAGGCGCCGGAAGGCGAGGGCAAGGAAGUGAUUUAUGAGCCGCUGGAUAUUGCAGCUCUCCAACCGAACCAGCAAAAGAGAUGGGAUGCUGGAGCUGUACUACUGGACAGCAAUGGACGAUUUGCGUUACCAGCGCCGGAGGGUACCAGUAUGCGGCUUUAUCGCGAGGCAUUCAAGACGCCAUAUGAGCCUCCGAUACGCCCUGAAGGUCUUGUGCAGGACGAGGAGUCUGAUGACGAGGGAGAUUUGUUUCGACUGUCGUAUUUGGAGUGUAGCGGUGUAAAGGGCUGUGGAAGUGCACCCCAGGGUGAUGGGGGUGCUGUCACAGACGCGGAUGGUGGUGGUGGACCAUAG